AUGGCUCCUGGGGACACUGGUGAGCUGCCCAGUAACUGUGCUGUCCAAUCAGCACUCACUCCCACCCCCACAGGCUCCAAAAAGCCCGGGAACGAAAACCGCGGCAAAACCGCCAACCGCAAAAUGGCCGCUGUGAUGCGCACUAGCGUUGUGCGCAUGCGCGAACGGCGCCAGCCGCGGUUACAGCCGCGAACCGGGGGGGGGAGAGGGGGGCUCCAGAGGAAGAUCUCUGAGGCACGAAAAACAGACUGGGCGGCAAGAGCCUCCACACGGAGAGCUGCUAGCCACCCUGACUCAGUAGGUGAUCAUCCACCUGAGUGAGCCAGCGAUGGGAGGGGAGGGAGGGUUGAGGGAUUGGCUCUAG